AAAAACUUUUAGAAAAUGCUUGUUCUGUUGUUAAGGUAGAAGAGUCAGCUUGCUCUCCCUGACCACAAACAGUGGCUGAGGACUCCAGUGAAGGCUUGGGUGGGUGGGGGAUGGUCCUGGUAUUACUGUCAGCCUUAAUACCUGUCCCUUCUUGCCGUAGAUACUUGACUCUCCCUUAUGGCCAACAACUUACCUUUUUAAUGUUUGUGUUUGAUGUAUCUGCAGUAGUUGUAUGGAAAGCUGACAUCUGUAAGGUACCAGAUGGAGGCAGUGACAUUGUAUAGGACAUCAGCCAUCACCAGGGGACCCAAAGAGACUCCUAAACCAACCUCAUUUUAGAGACCAGUGGUGAAGCUGAAGUGUAACCUGUGUGAUCAUUUUGGUUUAGUUCUGUAAUUUGUGAUUAGUAUAUGCCCUCUCCUGAAAAGGUUUUAGUUAUACCUUCAUUCUUAAACUCCAUGCUGCCAGUGUUAAUGUUCUUCCCUGGUAGACUGAGCAAGAGUAACACCUGGCUUGGGGGAGGGGUAUGUCGCUGUUGCCAAAAAGUGGAUUGAUAAUCCAUGGCUGGGCCUGGGCCUGUGAAACCUGCGGCUAUUGGCUGAGAUGUGUCUAUGCAUGGCAUGGUGACAGUAGGUGGAGCCCUGUAGACUUGAACUUCCUUUAGCACUAGAUCUCAGUUCUUCCCUGGCUGUGUAGUACUCUGUUGCACCUGGGUAACUGUUUAACAUCAGUUCCAAAGUUGCCUUGUUUCCUGAAGUUCUUAUAAGGCAGAAUGUUAGUUUACUUAACGUGUAGUGUUGUCUGUAUGUGAAAUCUUAAUUUUAUUAUUAUUUAUUUCUGAGACAGGGUUUCUUUGUGUAGCCCUGGCUGUCGUGGAAUUCACUCUGUAGACCAGGCUGCCCUCAAGCUCAGAGAUCUGGCGCCACCACUGUUUGGCUGAAAUCUCAAUUCUUGGCAGCCCAGAAUGAAAGAAAAUCUUAGUGCUGUUCUUAAAGUAGAAGUUAGAAGUCAACCUAUCUCUGACCACAAGGUGUCGCACUCAGCAUAGCAGUUGCCUGCUGAGAAGGCUUGGUGGAUUAGCCCCAAGACUUUGCCCUUCUCCCAGCUCCUUUGCGUGCUAGAGGACCCUGUAUCCACAGUGAGUUCCUGCACUGACCCCAAAUAAAAGAUGGCCUUUGUUCCAUUGGAUCAAGCAUGUCUAGCCUUGUUUGUGUGUUGCCCUUCUUGGCAGUAGCCACUGGAGGGGCAAGAUGGCAUCCUGGACUGCCUUCCAUUAGAUCUCCCAAAGCUCACGUCCUAUUGAUAUUUAGGGAGAGGUACCUUGGGAGGAAACAUCUCAGCUCUGCUACCUCUUGUUCCUCUCCUGAGGGGGAAAAAAAAUUCCCAGGCAACCUUUGGGAAUUUCUUUUUUAAUAGGGUUUCAUGUAGCUCAGGCUGACCUGAAUUUACUAUGUAGCAGAGGCCGCCUCCUAGGUACUGGGAUUAUAGGCCUGGCUGACCUUUGGAAAUGUCAUUAGAGAAUGGGUAGGAGGGCGCAGUCUCCUUGUAUAGUGAGCCAGUAGGUUCCUGUCAAGCUGUUUUCUCCAGGGCUUGGGGGUUGAGAGCCAGAAGUUGCUUUGGUCAUCUUGGUCAGGGUUUUUGUAAACCAAAGUAGAAUCUUUUUGGUCAUUUUCCAAGGAAGUCCUUACUGUGGUAUCCCUGUGACAGGCCAAGUCUUGCCUCCUAGCCUACCUGCUUAUAAAUUGCAAGGCAGAGUUGGGGAAUCCCAUUACCAGUCACACUGAGAAGGGUUAGGCCACCAGGGGGUCCCUUGCCCUCCCCCAACCCUGAGCUUUGUCCCUGGCCAUAGAGGCUGUCUUUCUUGACAUACAGGUACAUACUAGGCAUGGGUCAUUGCAGGUUCCAAUGCUGGUACUUCCUCAUCAUCCAGAGUAAUCUCACCAAUAAAUAUGAGGGCCAGCGGCACUUUUGAGGGCUUGAGGCAUUGACAGUGUGUGUGAAUCACUUCAAGGUUAACCUCUGCUGUUCCUGGAGAGGACGAUUUGCCUGGGAGCUGGAAACCCUAGCUUUGUUAGGCUUCUCUGACUGGGUGUGGCCUGGAGCUGGGUUUGCUUGCUUGGCCACCUUUCACUUUUUUUUUUUUAAUUUUUGGUGUGGGAGUUGAGGGGGCUCUAUUCUAGAAAUUCUUUUCUGAUUACCGGGACCGAAACCCACUAGAACCAGUGUGUGUUGGGGAUGCAGCUCCUGUUUCUUUAUAGAGCAGUUAGAUCCACUGGCUGUGACUGUUCUUAGCCACAGCUUUUACCAGUGGGAGGUCAACUGGCUCUUGGGAAUCCUGGCCCAGUCUCACAAGGGCCACUACCUCAUAGUCACCGAGGCGAAGGUACCAUUGACUUGGCUUGGCCUCAGCUAACCAACUUGCAGCCUGAAGGUGAUUCAGAAGACUUCUUCCUCUGGGAACCUGCCACUGUAUCACAAGUACUAGAGGGGGAUCUAGUGCUAACUUCUGUGCCUGGAGAGAGGCCUAGGGAUGGACGGUAGAGGUUCACCCCGUGACUGGGGUAGACAAGUUAGACCGGCAGUCUCUACUUGCUCUGCUUUUGCAGAGAUCAGCCUGGUAGGCUUCAUGGAAGUAGAGGAGGAUGACUGGCUGGGAGGGGCAGGCAACCAGGUGGUGGAGAUGCUCUCCUCCAGUGCCCUGUGUUGUGGGUUUAGAGUAGGGGCUGCAUCUGGUGAAAGAGGUGUGUGUGAGGAGGUUUGGGAGAUUUGUAGAAAGCUUCCUAAAGUGAAUGAAUCACUUGGGAAUCACAGUGAGCCCUGAAGGUAUGAAAGAUGCCACAGAGUUGAUGCUGACAGCUCUAGCUUAACUAAAUAAAAAUCUUGCCGAAAAGAGACCCAGGAACUGCUUGUGCAGGGGAGAUGCAGCCCUGCUCCUCCCUACUUCUUUAAAAGGGGUGAUUGAAUCACUGGUCACGGGGGUCCCGCCCUUGCCCUGCCCCGCCUUCCAGGCAGUGGAUGAGCCCUGUGUGAACCCUCCCCUUGGAGCCUGAGAGGCUUAGAAAGGAGGGAGGGCUCAUUUGGUGGUGGGGCACCAGCAAGGGUACUAUGCAGGAGGGGAGGUUGGUGGAGACAGUAGCUCUCUGCUGCGCUUUGGCUCAUCCUGCAGACAUGCACCAGCGGCAGCCGGGCUCGUUUUGGGGCCUCGCUCCCGCGCAGGGGCUUUGAAUGCUGCCACCCCCAUGAGAACACUGGCCCGGGCUCCUAUCCGUAAGCCUUUGCCUGCGGAAACCGAGCCAUGUGGGCCUGGGCUUGGGCCACAGCAGCCCUCCUCUGGCUGCAGACUGCAGGAGCGGGGUCACGGCAGCUGGCCAUUCGUGUGGAGUCCCCUAAUAUCACCACACCCAACCGCGAGGGAUUGCCAGGCUCCUUCAAGGUAGGUGCGUGCUGGGGCGCAUGUGGGCGCGUGAGUACAGCUUCAAAGCUUAAACUGUCCCCCUACCUCAACAGCUCUGCUCCUUUUCUUCCUGGGGAAGAACCUGAGCACUGCUUGAGACUUUGACUGCUGUCCUGGCUUAGAGAUUGCUGCAGACAGCACAAGGGCCCCCCUCUAACAUGCCUGGUGGGGCUACAGUUAACUGUUUGAAGCCUCAGGAUGCUUUUCAGUAAUCGGAUGCCAUUAGGUAUAAUUGCCGUUUUAGGUGAGGGUGGGGGAAGGACUUUAGGCAGACUGGUAAAUGGGGCACCUGAUACAGGUGGCAGCCUGACCAGCCUGUCCCCUGUGCUUUCCAGGGGUCCUGUGGUAGUCCCAUCUGCUGGGGCUUCUUGCAUGCAAGAACGCGCCCUGUCCUUUGAGUCCUCUAGGGACAGGGAUCUCUCCUGAGCAUUAGUCUCAAAGCCUCUACUGCUGCCAUCCUAGGGGCCUCCAGGACAGGAAGGGAAAUAGCCGUUACUCAAACAGGAACCUUCUGGCUCUGAAUCUUUGACCCUUGCAUCUCUCCUUCCUAGGGUGUCUCUCUGGUUGCCUCUCUGCCCACAUCAACCCAUCUCAAGCCUAAGGCCCCAUUUUCCUAAUAGGCUGAGCAGAACUGAGGGAGUGUAAGCCAUACGCUGGUUCCUGGGCAAGCAAAAGGGAGAGUGUGGCCCCUUAAGUGGGAGUUCCUGCAGUCCUAAGUAGUCCUCAUUAGAUAGGUUUGUGCUGGGGGUGGUCUUGUUCCACAUCUCCCUGUAGCCUUUGCCCUUGUUAGUUCCAGGGGUUCAGAUCUGGGUAGAGAAUUGUGGUGUAUUUAGAUGUUCUUGCCUCUGUCCCUGGGUGGCACCCAAGGGGGAAGCAGUGUUUGUCUGUCCUUCCUAACAUCAGGUUCUUGCUUUUUCAGAGGCAGCAGACCUCACCUUGCCUACCCCCAUCCCCUACCCGUGGGGACAUCCAGGUUUUGAUCACCAGGGAUAGUCCCUUCGGACUGUGGCUUGAGUUAUGCUGUGACAUCUUAUUGUGUACCCAAAUUCUCCCCCCACUAACCUGUCGUUCAUAAAUAUCUUUGGAGUAUGUCAGGACAGAGACCAAGGGCCUGGUAGUCAAUACACUAGCCUUGCUUCUCUGGAUUUUCAGCCACCAGAGGUCUCUGGACCUGAACUCUCAGAUGCCCACAUGACAUGGCUGAACUUUGUCCGCCGGCCAGAUGAUGGGGCCACUAGGAAACGGUGCCGUGGCCGGAAUAAGAAGUUGCGAGGCCUCUCGGGUCUCCCAGGGCCCCCGGGACCCCCUGGCCCUCCUGGUCCCCCUGGUUCCCCUGGUAUAGAAGUCACCCUAGAGGUCCUGCUGCAGGAAUUUCAGGAGAUGCUGAAAGAGGCCACGAAACUUCGAUUCUUAGGGCUACCAGAUACAUUGUUACCCCAAGAACCCAGCCAUCAGCUGGUGGUUGAGGCCUUCCACUGCCGCUUGAAAGGUCCUGUGCUGGUGGACAAGAAGACACUGGUGGAGCUGCAAGGAUUCCAGACUCCUACUGCCCAGGGUGCCUUCCUGCGGGGAUCUGGCCUGAGCCUGGCCUUGGGCCGAUUCACAGCACCAGUCUCUGCCAUCUUCCAGUUUUCUGCCACCCUGCACAUUGACCACAGUGAGCUACAGGGCAGAGGCCGGUUGCGUACCCGGGACACUAUCCGUGUCCUAAUCUGUAUUGAGUCCUUGUGUCAUCAACACACGUCCCUGGAGGCUGUAUCAGGCCUGGAGAGCAACAGCAGGGUCUUCACAGUGCAGGUUCAGGGGCUGUUGCAGCUACAGUCUGGACAGUAUGUCUCCGUGUUCGUGGACAACAGUUCUGGGGCUGUCCUCACCAUCCAGAAUAGCUCCAGUUUCUCUGGAGUGCUUUUGGGUACGUAGGGGAGCUGAAGAAACGAUGAUUGAGGAGGAACUACAAGGACUGCUCCCCAUUAAUAACUGUCAUAACGAUAAGGGACUGCUCCCCAAUUAAUAAUUGUCAUAACAAUAAAGAGCUCCGGAUUUCUCCAUCA